UCCGUAUGAAGUGAGCGAUGCUCCAUGCAGCAGUUCCGUCCAAUCAAUACUCUACAAUCAAUAGUCUGAGACUUUAAUGUUGUAAACCCGCUUCGCCCGACAACACUUCAAACUCCACCCAUCCAUCUUUGCACCGCUCUGCACCGCCCGGGCUACCUCACAGCUCAAAGUGCUGCACGGUGUGGGAAUAAGCUUUUCUUUUGAAGUUCUACAAGUUGCUAUGUAGAAACUUAUCGAUGGGGGAUUAUUAUACGUACUAAAGGGGCCCCAAGUGCAUGCAAUGGAAGUAAAGGUGUCACAGGCUUUUGGCAGCUCCUCAGCAUCAUGUCAUCAGGACAACUAUAUGUUCGUGCCCCUGCUGGAGAGUCGGGCCUCCAGCUCCUCUGGAACCGACAGGAAUCUUCCCAAUCCCACCAUCAGUCACUCAGUGUCCUGGAGCUCCUCGCUUGCCAACAGUUUCCACUCUGGAGACACAGAGUCCGACCAACACUCCUGCAUGCACAACAGCAUCAGCGAGAUCCUGAAGGAGAAGAGCCUGAAGCCAUCUCGCCGCAGCCUGCCCUGCCUGGCCCAGAGUCAGACUCAUCCCAUCAACCUCAACCACUUUCUCUCUGUGCCUCUGAGCCCAGAGCCCAAACCAGAAGUCGAGGUUCUGACUCAGAGUAUCAGCACUUCCUGCAGCCUGCUUCCCCCACAAACAGCAGUGGAUGGCAAGGAUCACUAUGUGGAGGAGUCAGAGGCAACUACGUGCGAAACAAGGGCAGACGAAUCAUUCCUGCUGCAAAAGCCUGUCACCCGUGCUAAAUUGGAGGCUCGCACAGAUUCACUUCAGGGAAAGAAUCCAGCUGAUUCCUCUGGGCUGUUUUUCCGAGAUGGGAAAAAGCGCAUUGACUACAUCCUGGUUUACAAGAAGUCCAGUCCACAGGUGGAAAAGAGGUGCACCUUUGAGAAGAAUUUACGGGCUGAGGGUCUAAUGCUGGAGAAGGAGCCCUCCUUGACGAACAACGACAUCAUGUUUGUGAAGGUUCACGCGCCUUGGGAUACGCUUUGCAAAUAUGCAGAGCAGAUGAACAUCCGAAUGCCUUUCAGGAAAAAAUGUUACUUUACAGACUGGAAGAGCAAAGCCUUGGGCAGCAGGUUUCAUCUGAGAUGUCGUCAGAUAAAAGGCUGGCUGCCCAAAAAUCCCAUGAAGCUGGACAAAGAGGCCUUGCCUGACCUGGAGGAAACUGACUGCUACACAGCACCCUUCAGCAGAGCACGCAUGCAUCACUUCACUAUCAGCAAUAGAGGGACCUUCUUUUCCAAUUCCACCAGAAGCAGAAUAGUCCAUCAUGUUCUGCAGCGCACCAAGUAUGAGGACGGAAAAUCAAAGAUGGGUAUCAACCGGUUAUUGGGCAACAACACAUAUGAGGCUGCAUUUCCUCCUCAUGAGGGUGGUUAUAAGAGCAGACAUCCAAUUAAGACACAUGGUGCCCAGAACCACAGGCAUCUUCUGUAUGAGCGCUGGGCCCGCUGGGGAAUAUGGUACAAAUACCAGCCUCUGGACCUCAUCAGGAGGUACUUUGGUGAGAAAAUCGGCCUUUACUUUGCGUGGUUGGGCUGGUACACCGGCAUGUUGAUCCCUGCCGCCCUGGUUGGCGUUUUCGUCUUCCUUUAUGGUCUCUUCACGAUGGACUCAAGCCAAGUCAGUAAAGAAAUUUGUGAAGCCAACACUACCAUGUGUCCUAUGUGUGAGGACUGUGAUCCGUGGAAGCUGAGUGACAGUUGCGUCUAUGCGAAGGUGACCCAUCUGUUUGAUAAUGGCGGCACUGUGUUCUUUGCUAUCUUCAUGGCUAUUUGGGCCACAGUAUUCUUGGAGUUCUGGAAAAGGAGGAGAGCAGAACUGACUUAUGACUGGGAUCUCAUUGAUUGGGAGGAGGAAGAGGAGGAGCUGAGGCCUCAGUUUGAAGCCAAGUACUCCAGGGUGGAGAGAGUCAACCCCAUCUCCGGCAAGCCCGAGCCUUUCCAGCCCUUCUCAGACAAACUCAGCCGGCUCAUGGUGUCUGUGUCCGGAAUAUUCUUCAUGAUUUCUCUCGUCCUGACAGCCGUGUUUGCUGUGGUGGUUUUCCGUCUCAUUGCGAUGGAGAAGUUCGCUUCACUCAACUGGUAUUUUGUGAAGAAGAACUGGCAGUUUGCCACCUCUGGCACUGGUGUCUGCAUCAACUUUAUGAUCAUCAUGUCUCUCAAUGUGGUGUAUGAAAAGGUGGCCUACCUGCUGACAAAUUUAGAGCACCCACGGACGGAGUCUGAGUGGGAGAACAGCUUUGCUCUGAAGAUGUUCCUGUUCCAGUUUGUAAAUUUGAACAGCUCUACAUUUUACAUCGCUUUCUUUCUUGGAAGGUUUGCUGGCAGGCCUGGAAAAUACAAUAAACUCUUUAAUCGAUGGAGGCUGGAGGAGUGUCACCCAAGCGGCUGUUUGAUUGAUCUGUGCCUGCAAAUGGGAGUCAUCAUGUUCUUCAAACAAAUCUGGAACAACUUCAUGGAGCUCGGUUAUCCUUUGCUGCAGAACUGGUGGUCUCGUAGGAAGAUGAAGAAAGGAGGUGGUGGAGGGCAGAAUGUAGAGAAUAAAUCCCAGCUUCCACAGUGGGACAAAGACUGGAAUCUGCAGCCGAUGAACGCCCAUGGACUGGUCGAUGAAUACCUUGAAAUGGUUCUCCAGUUUGGCUUCACCACCAUCUUUGUAGCAGCUUUCCCGCUGGCUCCCCUCCUGGCUCUGCUUAACAACAUCAUUGAGAUUCGCCUUGAUGCCUACAAGUUUGUCACUCAAUGGAGGAGACCCAUGCCUGCCCGAGCCACUGACAUAGGUAUCUGGCAUGGGAUUCUUGAAGGUAUCGGCGUGCUGGCAGUCAUCACCAACGCCUUUGUCAUUGCCAUCACCUCUGACUACAUCCCACGCUUUGUUUACGCCUUUAAAUAUGGUCCGUGUGUGGACAAGGGACACCACCAUAAGAAUGAAUGUUUGCGAGGUUACAUGGACAGUAGCCUGUCUGUGUUUGAAAUGAAGGAGACGAACAGCAGCCAGACUAGAUACUGCAGGUACAGAGACUACAGGGCACCGCCCUGGAGCCAGGUGCCGUACGAAUUCACCCUGCAGUUUUGGCACGUCUUGGCUGCCAGACUGGCCUUCAUCAUCGUCUUUGAGCACCUGGUGUUUGGGAUCAAAUCCUUCAUAGCGUACCUUAUUCCGGACAUGCCAAAGGGUCUCUGCGAUCGUAUGAGGAGGGAAAAGUACCUGAUGCAGGAGAUGAUGUACGAAGCCGAACUGGAGCACCUGCAGAAAGAGAGAAAGAAGAACGGACGGCGUUAUCACCACGAGUGGCCUUAGCUUCACCCCUCACAUCCCCGCUACACGCUGCACUGCCCUCACCUCACCUCACAGGCACAAACAGCCACCUGCCUGCUUAUUUAUGUAUUUUAGCUUUGAGAGUCUAGCUUCACUCGGCUGAUUCUGUACACCAAAGACGCCCUCUUUACCACACAGAUCCUCCCACAAACCUGUCUGGCUGCAGGUCCUGGUCCUGGUCACUCCUUAACCAUCUGUUCCACGUUCAGGAUUGGCGUAGCUCUUGGUUUCUGGCUCUGACCCCUUCUGCCCCGCCCUGAACCCUCACCUGGCUUGAACCAGCAGUUUGCCCUUGUCUGUGCUUUGUCAUGGCUUCACUGGAAAAACCUGUGCAAUUGUAAUGUUUACUAUGCAGAUCAAGGGCUGCAGAUCACCACUGUUCACUUCUGGCACCCAUCCUGCACUCUCUCUCUCUCUCUCUCUCUCUCUGUGGCAGCUAGCACCCCCGCUUUGACUCCGCAGCUUGGUGCAGCAUGGCCGUGUUUUUUCAGCGGAGCCACCGUUCUGCUGGUUAUGUGACAGAGCUUCUGCGGCACUCAGCGUUUCUUGUUGCAAAAAGUGAUUCUGGUGAUGUGGCUACCAAAUACAAUGCACACUGUUCUCGCAAAGCAACUAUAUAUUGCCCUCGAAGCAUGCUGAUUAAUAUUUGCGGCCAUUUCGUGAACUGCAAAGUAAAAACAAACAAAAAUAGAAAUGACUGCACUCAUCGUGGAGGAUGUUAACAUCUAUUUAGUACGUCUGACAAAGGACUCAAAACAUAUAAAGUGCAUGGUAAUAUUGUUUUAGACCUUUUGAUAGACAACGCUCCCGUCUUGAUGCCUGGUUCACGUGUGUCUGUACUCAGUGUGAGCUGUGUGUUAAUCUCUGUCUGUGCUACUGCUGAGCUUGACUGUCUUGAGUUGAGGAAAUGUGAACUUUGUGCGAUUUGAUUGUGCCUACAGUUGUGCUCACCACAAUUGUGUCACCGACAUCACGUGUGCCUGUUUUGUGCUGCACGUGCUUUUUCUCAAGUGCAAGAAAUAUUCUCUCUCCUCGUCCUGUUUGUCCGAUCUCCUGUAAAACUUUCUGAACUCUCCUGUGUGGAUUAGUUUUGGAUGCGAGUCACACCACAGUACCUACUCGGGUCUCAGCUAAUGGCACUGAAACAUGCCGACGGUGUACGCUGUAAUGCGACUCCCAUCAUGAACAAUGUAUACACUCACAUGCAGGAGCCGCAAAAUCUGCUCUACUGUUCUGCACUCGCAGCCUGUUUUUCAUUUGCUGUUGGAAGCCCUGAAGCGUGGUUGAAAGUUGAAUCACUUGGACAUACCUGUGGCUUGGAUGUUCAGUAUGCAGAACAUCCAUCCACUGUUCUUUACUUACAAAGUACACCCAACAUUUUAAGUUCUAGUUCUUCACUAAGCACAUGGUCAGAUGCUGCUUUCUGACCUUUAUUGAAGUGAAACUGGGAGAGAAUUGGGGGUUUGGUUAAAUGCAGAGUCAUGACAUUGCCUUGUGUUGCGGUCAGUUCUGAUGUCUCAGGAAAACAGGCAGCAUGAGUGACACAUCCAUCUGUGCGGCUGAGUCAGGAUCAUAAUCAUUUCCUGUUUCAUUCAUAGUGAGAUGGAGAGUUGGCGAGAGAUGGCGCGCGUGGAGCAGACUGUAUUAAUGAGGGAUUUUUUAUUUUUAUUUUGUAGGUAUAGAACUUCAGUAUAGGUCAUGUUGAUCAUAUCAUAGUAAAUAAGAUAUAUAUGCACAGUAAAUGUAAAGAUUACACCAAUCUAACAGCUGAAGAUAAAGACUAUCACUACCCUGAAUGCAUCGUACAACACUGGAAAACAUAUUUAUCAUUAUAAAAGAAGUGUACAUUAGUUACAUUUGUUUAUUUAUUUCAUUUACUGGUCUUUGUAUAUACAUGUCAUGAUGUAUGUAAUGUUUUUAUACUUUUUAUUUCAUGCUAUCAGUAUGAGUUCACCUGUUUUCACCCUCAGAUAGACAAAGUAACGUCCACAUUUCUCAGGUGUCCUCUGAAUGUUUGCAAACGAUCAACUUUUUAUCAUAUUUUCUAAGACGCACUCCCGCUUUUUUCAGAUAUAUAUUUUUGCACUGCAGUGCUUCUGCUUGACGGUAAUGCACACUCACAGAUCAAAGCAUGUCUGGUUCUUUGGGUUUAUUUGUUUUUUUUUGCAUAAUCACAGGAAAUAUAUUAGAGCUGCCUCUUGGAAAUCAUGGAAUACAAUCACACAGUUCAUUAUAGAGACGUAUUGAGAAGGUUGUUGAUUAAGAAGCAUUGAAGAUUUCAUAACGUUCAAUCCAAUGAUGAUCCUCAUUUCAUUCACAAGAGAGAGAUAUUUGUUUUUAACUCUUGUUCCAAUGCUUAAGAAACUAGUCCAGGUUUUCACGAUAUCUUCCCUGCUAUGUGAACAUUGAAAAUCUAUGCAUGUUGUUAUUCUUCUGAGUGCUACAUUUAUUUUGAACAUAUGCAGAUGUAAAUGUACUGGUACAUUUGUACUGUAGAGUAUGCAUGACUUAACAGCUGCUUUGAGCAGAGCUAACUUCUGUAAAGUUGUCUUAAACAUAUCACCUCCCUUUUUCAGUGUUGAUCAUUUUUGGAGGUCCAGAUACGACAUUAUGUUUCUUGAUGUGGCAGAAUUUUAUACUGUAAGAGUAUUUUCUAAACCAUAGCUUGGACUCUAGACAGAUUUAUAUAAUCUGUCCUGGAUAGUCUGAUUAAAAACUAAAGACGUGCUCUGUUUGAACACUCAACUGGGGAUUAGAAAUAUGUUUUACCACCUAACAGCUGAAGAGUUUAAUCUAAUGGCAUUGGGGUAAUUUUGAAUGAAUGAAUAACUACAUGACCUUGGAUGUUUGACAUGCCCGGCUACUAAUCAUUUCCCAGUGGAUCUUUUUUCCUGCUAUCCUCUCCUCUUUAAGAGCAUCAGUUCACUUUCUCACUAAUACAAAUGCUGCACAGUGGUGGAAAGGUGUUUCUUAUGCCUUCUACUGUUGGCAAUAGCACAAUAUGGGGUUUUGCAUCAUGAAUAAUAACAGCAUGACCUUGCACAUCUCUGAAAACACAGCAGUCUAAAGGGGGAUUAAGCUUUCUGUUCCAUCCUAUGCCUCCUAAUAGGAUUGUGCUUGAGCAAGUGAUGUACUUGACGUUGAAGCACAGUGACAUUAGACGAUAGAAUUAACUGUACAAUAGGAUGGUAUCAGUCGUGACAUGAAGUGUAUCAAUAACAUUGUUUACUUCGUUCCUGUUUACAUGUAAAAACAUAUUGAAAUGUAUAAAAAUAAUGUAACAUAAAAUAAUUUGGAUAUCACUCUUUUCUGUAAUAAACCAUGGAUUGUAUCUUU